AUGCAGACCAACUCUGAAGAUUAUGGACCUCGUGAUUUAGUGGGGUAUGGACCUAAUCCUCCUAAGCCAAAAUGGCCCGGAGGCGCAAAGAUAGCUAUCAGUUUGGUGCUCAACUAUGAAGAAGGUAGUGAACAUACACCUGUGAACGGUGAUAAGGUCACUGAGACUUUGGCCAGUGAGCUUGGACCUGGCGUGACACCUCAUAUAGGACAGAGAGAUGUGAACAUGGAAUCACUUUAUGAGUAUGGUUCCCGAGCAGGUGUAUGGCGUAUAUUGAGAUUGUUCAAAGAGAAAGCCAUACACUGUACUGCAUAUGCUGUGGGUCAAGCAUUAGAAAUGAAUAAACAAGUUGGACAAGCUUUGAAAGAAGGUGGACAUGAAUUCGCUAGUCAUGGUUGGAGAUGGAUUGACCGAUCAUCAUGGACUGAGAAUGAGGAGGAAGAUAAUGUCAGAAAGACAAUAAAAGCAAUAACCGAUGCGUCGGGAGCGCCUCCAAAAGGUUGGUAUUAUGGUAUGGCCAGUCCAAGGUCGAGAUCACUCGUAGCGCGUGUUUUCAGAGAAGAAGGUAUACCCUUAGAAUACUGGUGCGAUGAUUACAGUGAUGAUUUACCUCAUUGGAUACCUAUGCCAGGUGGCAAGUCUGAUGAAGGAUUACUCGUAAUUCCAUAUGCACUCGAUACGAACGAUUAUAAAGAAGCUACUUAUUUAGGAUUUAUAACACCUGACGCAUUCUUCCAAUAUCUCAAAGCUGCGUUUGACGAAUUAUACGUGGAGGGAGAGGCUGGAUCACCAAAGAUGUUGUCUAUAGGAUUGCAUUGUAGGAUUAUCGGACGUCCUGCUAGGUUGGCUGGAUUGAGGAUGUUCAUAGAUUACGUUCAAGCAAAAGAAGGUGUUUGGUUUGCUAAAAGGGAAGAAAUUGCUGAACUUUGGAAAAAUCAAUUUCCCUACCAAUCAAAGUGA